AUGUCAACUGACUUGAAACAACCUAGUGCCAUUGAACUGUUAGCUACCUAUGGAACGCUACGAGACGAUAAUGAUACCAAUGCACCAUGGGCAAAGAAUUUCACUAAUGAUAUGAGUUAUGCUAUUACUGGCAAACUGACCGGAUACCAAUUGUUUGCUCAUUCAUCAUUAACCUACCCGUUUGCUAUCUAUACCGGUAAUUCAAGUGAUAGCAUCGUUGUACGUCUUCUAGGUUGGCCAUCGAGAGAACAGUUUGCGCAGAAAAUAACUCAAGCAGAUUUGAUCGAAGGUGAUGAUUAUGAACGAAAAAUAGUCGAAGUAUUAGUAAAUGACAAUGAAAUAAAACAUGCUUAUAUCUAUGUGCCGAAAUUGAAAGUACCUGAUCAGAGUUGGAUACGAAUUCCUAGUGGAGACUGGCUUCAAAGACCUUCCAAAUAA